CAUAACAGCGUCAAAACCAUUGUUUAUAAGUAUUUUGUUUUAAUAAAAUCACUGAAAUGGAUUAUUCAAAGUUUGGCAAUAUGAUGGAGAAGAAUCGCUUAAAAAGUUUUAAAAAGUGGCCGUUUGACGAAAGCAGUGCAUGUAGCGCAAAAAAGAUGGCCGAAGCAGGCUUUUACUGGAGCGGUAACGAUCGCGAACCAGAUACAGUUACUUGCUAUAUUUGCAAUAAAACUCUUGAUGGAUGGGAGCGAUCCGAUGACCCAUGGAAGGAGCACGCAAAGCAUGCGCCACAGUGCAGUUUCGUAAAGUGCGGACGAAAAGAGGCUGAAUUGACGGUUCAAGAAUUCAUCAAUAUAUGUAAUGUGGCGCUUAAAGCGCGUUUGGAUCAAAACUUAAACAGAACUUUAGAAGAGUUCCGAAAGUAUGCCGAAAAGGAGAAAGAAAGAAUAUUACUCGGCAAAUAAAUGGAAGCCAAAUUAAGUAUAAUAGUUUAAGGAUUAUAUAUUAAGAUUUAAUAAACAUUAAAAUAUUCGUAAUA